UACUCCUUUCGCCUAAUGUCAUGUAUUCUGCUGUCAAAAUUUCGUAUCGUGCAUUUUACUCGUGGUACUUGUUAAAAUAAACGUAUUGUAUGUUAACGUCACUCAAAUCUCGUAGAAAUGGUGAAUAUAGAUACUAUACGAAAGAAUUAUCCACUACAUUGGCUCGUUUGGCAUAACAGCUAUGUAGAACUCGACAAGGAACUAUCCACAAAUCAGCAUGACAUAGAAAAACAUGACAAUCGAGGAAGGACACCACUGAUGCUGGCAGUAACUUUAGGUCAUUCAGAUUCUGCUGUAGUACUAUUACAGCAUGAAGCUAAUGUUAAUACAGAGAAUACUCAAGGAUGGAGUGUGGUACAAGAGGCAGUUGGUACAGGAAAUCCCGAAUUGCUGCAAUUGGUACUUGCCAGGAGAGAUUACCAGAGAUACUGUAAUCGAGUGGCUGGUAUACCGGAGUUACUUCACAAACUUAAGCAGGCGCCAGAUUUUUACGUAGAAAUGAAAUGGGAAUUUACAAGUUGGGUUCCUCUCGCAUCUCGGAUGUGUCCAAGCGAUACUUAUAAGGUUUAUAAACAAGGUAGUAAUGUGAGGAUUGAUACAACUUUAUUAGGCUUUGAUCAUGCAAAUUGGCAGCGUGGCAAUCGUAGUUAUGUCUUCAAAGGACAAAAUGAUGGAGCAACGAUGAUGGAAGUAGACCAUGAAACAAGAAAAGUUUAUGUCGAACAUAUGAAACUUUUAGGAGACGAUAAUAUUCAAUUAAUGGAACCAUCUGAAGAAGGUGUGAUAGCUCGGCUUACCAAUCCUAUAGUUACAACAUAUAUAGACACGGAUAAAAUUAGUUUUGAACGCAAUAAAGCAGGUCUAUGGGGAUGGCGUUCUGAUAAAAGUGAAGUAGUAAACGGUCACGAGUGUAAAGUUUUUAGUGCAAGCAAUGUGGAAUUAAUAACUAAAACUCGAUUGGAGCAUUUAUCUGAAACAGAUAAAGCAAGAGCUCGGGCACCAAGGACACCUUUACAAUCAUUUCUAGGUAUUGCAGAGCAGCAGCAAGAGAGUUGCAGCGCUGUCACCACCAGUGAAGAAUUUAAUAACGUAGGUAAUCCCACUAAUAUCACUGCUGAGGAAUACUUUGAUCCAGAUAUUGAUUUAAAUGGGAGAGAUAUAGGUAGACCAAAAGAAGUUAAUACAAAAAUACAAAAAUUUAAGGCAACUUUAUGGUUGAGUGAGGAUUACCCAUUAAGUCUCCAAGAACAAAUCAUGCCAAUUGUAGAUUUGAUGGCUAUAUCUAGUUCACAUUUUGCAAAAUUAAAAGAUUUUAUUCAAAUGCAACUUCCAGCUGGUUUUCCUGUUAAAAUUGAAAUUCCAUUAUUUCAUAUUCUCAAUGCGAGAAUAACAUUUGGAAAUAUAUUUGGUUUGGAUCAAGAAGUACCAAAUGUAGGUCAUUUGCAAGAAACUAAUCGUAUAACUUGUUUAGUUGAUGAUGUCUGUUUCGAAGCACCCAGUGGAUAUGUCAAAUUAGGUGCAGAAGUUAGAACGCAAUUUAGUAUUGAAGAAGAAGAUGAUUUAUUACAAUUUGCUAUUCAGCAAAGUCUUUUAGAAGCUGGCAGUGAACGUGAUGAGGUUGAUAUCUGGGAAGCAUUAAGAGCGCAAAAGCCAUCUAGACCAACUACGCCUAAUAUGACCACGGAAGAAGAAAGACAACUUCAAAGGGCAAUUCAGGCUAGCUUAGUGUUAUAUCAAGAAACAGCUGGAUCUGCUGAAGGUACUGGAAAUUCAGCGGGCAUAAAUGAGAAUGAGGAUAGUGAUUCUCUGGAAGGUGCAGCAGAACAAUUGAGACUAGCGUUAAAACUUUCCGAACAGCAACAAAUUGAAGAAGAACAACGGCGAUUGUUGGAAGAAGAAACGUUCCGUCAAGUGCUAGAACUAUCUUUGACGGACAAGUAAACUUCUAAAAUGUGCAAUAGUGAUACAAAUAAGUUUACUACAGUAUACUUCCAGAAACAUGAAAAAUCUUCCAGUCUCGUCAAAAAGAGGCUGUACAAAAAAUCAUUUCCUACAAUUCAUAGAUUGCAAAGUAUAUUAAGAAAUAAUAAUGUUGCUUAUGAUCAACAUUUGUUAUUAAUAUAUAUAUAUAUAUAUAUA